AUGACAACUGAUCAAAAGCAUUCAUCGGAUAGUACACUUAACGAGCUAGAAGAUACCAGACGUAUAGAAAAAAUUGCUAAGUUAUUUGGAUUAGAUGAGCAGAAUAUAGAAGUAUAUAAAGCGCUUUUUGGACAGAUUUGGAAGCUUGAAAAAAAAUUGAAAGAUUAUUAUUCCAAAUAUGAAAAGCUUAAAAGGAGGGUCAAUUUAUUGGAAGCUGAAAUAGAAGAUUUGGACGAAUGUGUAGAUAAAGAAACUUUAGUCGACUUAAUACAAGAAAUG